GGUGCUUGUGUUCCGGGGCAAUCCCAACAGCAAGGAACUCGGUCGACCACAAAGAUUGCUUGUAACUAUUUGAUGUUUCCGAACAGCUCUUCAAUCACAUAUUUUCUUCUCUCCCGUAAUAUCCUCCGACCCCGGUUUACAAUAUUCCUUUAGUCCCCACAGAAAACACCGCUUCACCAACCUUUCAUCUCCCUUCACACUGCGCAUCCAUCCCCUCCGAGCACCCGUCCGAUCCCGCUGCUGCUAUUAGUCCGGCUUUCCCUUCUCCCCGGUGUUGCCCGGCACCCUACGCCCGAUGUUGUCGAGACCCAUAUCGUUAGUGUCAGUGCAUUUCUCGGCUCUCGUUGCUUUUUGUUUGUCUGUCCAUAACGGUUAACUGAUUCCUACUUGUGUGAUGACGUAUAGGCCCGUCACCCUAAGGGAAGCUGCCCUCGACUCUCCAAUGUUUCGCGGUACGGUAGUUCACUACGGGGAACAGGUGGAGUUUGUCGAGAAGUGGCUGGAGGGUUACUUGAAGGCUACCUUGAAGCUUUGCAGCGAGGUGAAUGGCGAGUUUGAGGCUUCGCCCCCGGAAUACGAUAGGGUUGCUAACGUGGCUAGAUAUAGGGCUCGAAGAAGUUGUGAACAACUAUCUAGGGAAGGGGGUCCCUAAUGGUAUAUCCGAGUCGAUAAUUGAUCAGGACUACACGCUACUCGCUAUCAGGAGGUUUGCCGAAGGUUCAAGAGGGUUUUGGGGGGCCAUUAUAAAUGGGGCUAAGAAGGUUGAGCAGACCGUCGUGGAGCCCUUAUUAGGGUUCCAAAGAUCAGAGCUUAGGGUAUUCAAGGUAUGGGGUCACGCGUAGGCACUUUCAUCACGAAUCCUUGCCCAUAAUUGUCUUUAGGAUUCACGACGUUCCCUGGAGACCACUCAAGCGAAAUACGAUACUCUACUUGCCCGCUAUGCCGGAUUGUCAAAAUCGAAGGAGCCUUCAUCACUCCGUGAGGAUGCUUUCCAACUCUACGAGGCUAGAAAGUUGUACAUUAGAGCAUGUUUAGAUUUCUGCGUUGCCGCACCCAUCUUUCGGGCCUCAUUGGACCGUACCUUGACCAAGGUAUUAUCGGACCAGUCUAGGAAGCAGAUACGCCUCCGACGUGAGGGGACCGCAGUAGCCGAAAAAUAUGCAGUUGAAAUGGAUAGGAUAAGGGCUUGGAGUGAGGGCAUGGAGCAGAGUGAUAAAGUGUUUCGCAAAGAGCUUCUUAUGGCAAGAAAAGAAUUGGAGGAGAAGGUGAAGAGAGAGCUGCACCCCGCCAGGGAGUUGGAGGAGUACGCAAGUAGCACGGUUCCUUACCUAUCCAGCAAAGGCCCUGGCAUUGCCCCAGAAGGUGAGAACAUACCAAGUGAAAAACAAGGCUGGCUGUUUAUGAGGACAUUGACGGGUAAACCAACCCGAAGCCUUUGGAUUAGACGCUGGUUCUUUGUGAGGGAAGGGAUAUUUGGAUGGCUCAUGCAAGGAUACAAGGGCGGUGCAAUGGAGGAAAGUGAAAAGAUUGGUGUCCUUCUGUGCAAUAUUAAGCCAGCAUUCCAGGAGGAGCGAAGAUUUUGUUUCGAGGUCAAGACAAAAGAUACCACAAUAUUGCUCCAGUCGGAAACCCAAGCAGAACUCACGUCGUGGCUCGCAGUCUUUGAACAGGCUAAAAGGACCGCUGUCGAAUCGGCAUCUUCUACAGCAUCAACCCAAGCUUUCUCUAUAAUUCCGCCUUCGGCUCCCGUCCCCGCUACUGAGCCGGCAUUCAUAACAAAGGGUCACGAUGGCAAUAAUGUUCCCUCAGCGCUCGCACCACAACCAAUAGGCAAAGAUGGUAUCUCUCUGAACCCACUGAGCAUGUCGAGACAUCUCCUUGUUCACCGUGAGCGUGGGAAUGAGGAUGACGUUUCCGGAAUCGAUCGUUCAUUAACUAUGCCUCUCAACCCCCUCGGAAGCGCCUCGAGAGGAACUUCUUUUGAUAUCAGUAGGAAUGAUAAUUCAACUCCAAUGGCUUCAGGGACCCGAGAAAAAAUCGCACAGAAACUGGAUAUCCAUCGGAAAGCGGGGUUCAACGAGCGAAACCAGCCCCUGAUAGUCCCACCAGCCUCACCGGGUAAUAAUAGUGGCAGUGGUGUUGGUGUAUCUGCCUUGAUCUCCGCGAGCCAUAAUGCUUUACCAUUCCAUCCGCCGGUAUCACCCCCAGCUGAUGGAAAGUUUGCAGAUGGACCUACCAGUCUUGCUCCGGCCACUCUAGCCAGUACACCGGCACCAGUUGCGUUAUCAAAAGCGGCGAUGGUAACAUCGGGGCAGGAGCCGAUAAACGACGAUUUCGGAUCCAAAGGCCAUCGAAAGACUCAGAGUUUAGAUACAACUGUUGGGCCCCUUUCACCCGGCAGGGGUGAUAAUCCACCUGGCGGAAAGGACGAGUACCCCUCGGGGUAUCCCCCGGAGCUCAGGGCUCAAGAUAACCAUUUCAGAGUCUUAUUUCCCGGAAGAAGGCCUGGGGAAGUGGUAUUACUUGGUGAGUGACGGAUUCCGUUUCCACCUUUCAACACCCUAUACGUAGCAGGAUUAGUAAUAAACGCCAACCGGACAGUUUUCCGGGCAACAUGGAGCCCGAAUGAUACACAGGAGCUUCCGUGUCGCUGCUAUGUGACAGUUGACAACGUGUAUUUCUACUCACAUUAUCUUGGCCUUGUGUUUACCAGCGUGAUACCACUAAUGUCCAUUACUGAGGUGAAGGCUGCUCCUGGGAAGGACUGCGAUUACCUAUUUUUGCAUCUUGACCCCGAAGAUGAAGCUGUAGGAGUUGAUCAGGAAGGGCGUGAACCGCACAUCACGGUCAAGAUAUUCUUGGAGCCAGUAAGGCUCUUACAAAGGCGCCUACUCUUUUUAGUCAAAAAUGCCAACACACCGGGGGAAGACGAGCCGCCGAAGCUCCCAGCUAGAAAGGUCCUAGAGAGGCUUAUCGCACUGGAGCGUGAAGUAGAGGAGCGGACUGGGACCGAUACUGAGAGUUGGGAGGAUGUGGGGUUCGUAGACGCGCACGACGAGCUUGAGCGAAGGAAACGUACAGGCGAGCUUGUGAGAGUACGGAUUGACGGGUAGGUUGUUUGCUCUGAAGCGAGAUCUUAAGUUCGGUACUAAAGCAAUGCCUAGCGAUAUGUUGACGUCUCAACCGAUCGUAACUCAGAGAGGCAUUGACGGCAGAGUCAGGGAAGUGACUCGCUUUAAAUUACCUUCGGUACCGGUCAUCUAUGAACCUGAGGGGAUGGAUAAAAAAGCGUUUGAGCGAGAGUUUGAGGUUUCGCCAAAAGCUAUGUUUCACGUCAUGUUUGGAGACAAAUCGGCUGUCUUCCAAACGUUAUACCAUGAGAGGAGAGCACGGUGUAUGAGUUCCCGGCUGCCGUAGAAUCUUCAUGAUCUUGACAAAGUAGAUGCUGACAUCCUUGCUUGGUUUCACAGAUAUUCAACAGGGCGCAUGGACCCAGCGAGAAGGUGGAAGGAUGAAGCGGGAGUUUAGAUACCAGAUUGAAUACUACGACAUUUUACGUAGGUCCCGGAGGCUGGGGUCGAUUGCUGGCGUAGUGCUGAUGAAAGACAUCUAGGGAGAUUGCGGAUAUCAAAUGUGGUUGAUUAUCAAACGAUUGAGAAACAAGACGAUCAUUUGUGGGUUCCCAAACUUCCUGGCGAUCCUGUAAUAUAUGGGGUAUAGUGGGCUAACCUAUCCUCAGGUGUUAUGUAAUCACAGAUCGAAAAACACCCUGGCAUUUGCCUCACCGCGAGCAUUUCAUGCUUGUCAGCAAGGUAGCCAUUACUCACGUAGCGAAAUCAAAGUGUAAAUUAUCCAUCUGGACUGCCGUCGAAUGGGCAAAGGAGCCGACUUUCUCAAAAGGUAUGUCAUCCUUCCAUAUUUGAUUAGAAAUUAUGGGGGCAGGUUGAUGUAACGCUGGUUGUCGCAGGAAUCGUCCACAGACAAGCCCUCGAUGAUCUCGACUUAGACGCCCUCGACCUGGGGGAUGUCGUCGCGGAUCAGGCACGGAAAUUAAGUUCUCAAAGCCGCAUAGAGAGUGCUGUGCGCGUCUUUGGAGGGAUAGGCCAAGAAGCCGCGGGCUCCUACCUGGCAGCGGGGGAGCCGGACGGUGCGCCUCUCGCCUUAGAUCUCGACCCAAGGGCUCCGAGGUUACCGAUCGCCCACAGAUCCCUUUCCCAGAUGAUGCUGGAAACUGGCUUGAGCUUUCUUGAGAGUGCGGUGUCUAGCCUUAUGAUGUGGACAUUUACGGCUCUGCAAAAGGCCUGGGGGCUCGCGUCGGCGCAGCGCAUUAUCCUGCUGUUUCUUGCUGCAUCUCUCUUGAGCAACACAAUGCUUAGCUCGAGAUCCACGGUUUCAUACUGGAACGAACGGAGAGCCGCAAAUUUUAUGAAUGCCGUGGGGGUGUCCCCAAAUGGGAUUAUGUCCAGAGCCGUUUAUUUGAAGGAUAUGGAUGAAAUAGUUCUUAAUGGUACGGAUCUAGUCCACGAUAGCUCUAGCCAAUGGUAAGAUUCACCAAGGCACUUGUCAAAAUUUACCUAUUAUUCAAAACAGCGCGUACUGAUAGCCCCGCAGUUAUGCGAAGUUUAGAGAGCUUGCCAGUUUCACCGAUAUGGACGCAGACGCUGCUCUAGCUAGCAAAGGGUUUUCUAGUGCUUCGACUCGCGCUAUUGCACGAAGGCUCCGGCUCUCUAGGCAGCAUCUUGGGUCGUACCGCCAUGACUUGCUCGUAGCGAUGAGAGUUGUCAAUAGCCUGGAGAGAGACAUGGUGCACGCCGAAUGGGACAAUUGGCUUUUCGAGGAGACGUCUAGAUGCAAACAGGCGCUCUUUGUCUUGAAUAGCUGGAAGCCUCCGACUGGAAGUGCCGGUCAGAACAGUUCAUCUGAGGGAGAUGAUAGAGGAGAACGCAAUGAAGUUGCAAAAUGGCUUUCAGAAUAUUGCGAUAGUUGCAAUAGAGAGCGAAGUGAAUCUGAUACUGGACGACGUCUCGGUCUAGCGUUUCCUUGAAAGCUCAACUUUUUUUCACCCUCUCUCUACAUUUCAUCUUGUCUAGGAUAGAACUGUUUUUGUUUUGCUCUGCGUUGUCUUUUUUUUUUCUAUAGGUUUUGGUCGGCGAUAAAGCUAGAUUGGGGUGGCACUAGUCUUAUUCAUUCGCUCUAUCAUUUUCUCAAUCUUGAUUCCAAUCUAUCGUAUAUAUCACA